AUGCUCUCAAUGCAAUUUAUUCUUCUCUCAAUAUUUUCACUGGCUCUGGCUGGUCGAAAUAACUAUACGGAGAAAAUAUUCCAAAUGCACAAUGAAUAUCGUAAACAGAUACUCGAGUGUAAAGUGGACGGACAACCAUCAGCUAAGAGAAUGCCUCCUCUCAUAUGGGAUGAGAAACUGGCUAGACAUGCGGAAGCGGUAUCAAAAUAUUGUGUAAUUACUAAACAAAGCAGAAGAUUUUAUACAUAUCGAAGGAAUACUGGGAUUGGUGGAACUGUUGAAAUAGUUGUGGAGAAAUGGUUCCGUGAACAUAUUUGGUAUAAUUUUAAAGACCAUCAGUGCAAUCACCAAUGCACACACUACUGGCAGAUGGUUUUCGAAAAUACUACACAUAUUGGAUGUGGGGUGACCAAAUGUCCAUACAGUAAAGAAAAUACUUCCUAUUUGCUCGUAGUUUGUAACUAUAGUCCAGGGGCGACAUUUCAUGUAAGGCCGUAUGAAGCGAAUAAUAUCAAUGAAGUAUGUUCAGUGAAAGGGACUACAGGAGCUGUUCACCUGAAGCAUGGACAGUAGCAGCCUACUAUGGGCACUGUGAAAUAUAACGACAGAAAUAAAUCAAGAAAGAAUUAACUAUAAUUAGUGAUAUAUUAUUAAAUCUGUAUAACCCAAUACAUGCACACUUUUU